AUGGGGAGGAGAUGGGGAGACAGCAUUAGGGAGAGGCUGGGUGUGUCGCGAGGCCUGGUGACGUACACUUUCCACAGCAACCAUCCUCGCCUGGUGAUUCCGGACCUCCUACGCAAGCAGGUUGCAGCCCACCUCCAUGCAGGCCACCAAGGUAUAGACUCGAUGCUCAGGAAAGCGCGACAGGCAGUAUACUGGCCUGGCAUUGAAGGGGACCUGAGGCACCAUCGCAACUGCUGUGACACGUGCAACAUACAACCCCCUGAGCCUCUCCUCUUCACUCCGCCCCCUGACUAUCCCUUCCAGCAGACUGUGGUGGAUUUGUUCCAGCUGGAGGGACACGACUACAUCGUCUAUGCAGACAGGCUCACGGGUUGGCUGGAGGUGUCUCAGCUGCCUGAUGGCACAGAAUCAGGCAGAAUUAAGGAUGUGGUGCGUCACCACUUCUCGAGAUGGGGUGCCCCAGAGCAGCUCUCCAUGGACGGAGAAGUGGGGGUAGGAGUUCGGGUGUCCUCGGCGCACUUCCCACAGUCAAACGGAAGGGCAGAGGUGGCCGUGAAGUCCGCCAAGAGGAUACUACCGGGAAACACUGGAGGUGAUGGCAGUCUAGACAACGAUAAGAUCUCUCUUGCCUUGCUCCAGUACCUUAACACACCUCUACGGGACAUCAAUAGGUCACCGGCUCAGCUGGCAACGGGCCGCCAGCUACGGGAUGGAUUACCAUCAGUGAAACGGAAGCUUGAGGUGGACAAUUUUGGGAGGAGGACGCUGCGGCAGCGGGAACGUCAGAUGGCGGACCACCACAACAGAGUGGUGGCUGACAGGAACGUCACACGCUCCCGCGCGCCUCUUGCGCCUGGUGACAGGGUUCUCCCAGGACCACCAGCACGGCAGGAGAUGGAACAGAGCAGGUAUCGUCAUAGAAGCAAGCAAGGGACCACAGGCAGCAUCUUGUCAGACUCGACGGUAGUGGCCGUAUCUCCCUCAGAACGCGGCAACUCAGAACGGCUGCAGUGA